GGCCUAGGGCGCCGUGCGCCGGAGCUUGUGGCGUCAAUGCGCCCGCCGUGUCCAUGGAGAGAGGCUGAGGUGGCCGAGUUCCGGCCCGAGGUAUCGGGGCGCCGGGAGGGCGAGGAUGUCGGCUUCGUUAGUCCGGGCCACUGUCCGGGCUGUGAGCAAGAGGAAGUUGCAGCCCACCCGGGCCGCCCUCACCCUGACACCUUCAGCAGUAAACAAGAUAAAACAGCUUCUUAAAGAUAAGCCUGAACACGUUGGUGUGAAAGUUGGUGUCCGAACCAGGGGUUGUAAUGGCCUUUCCUACACUCUGGAAUAUACAAAGACAAAAGGAGACUCUGAUGAAGAAGUUGUUCAAGAUGGAGUCAGAGUGUUCAUCGAGAAGAAAGCACAGCUAACACUUUUAGGAACAGAAAUGGACUAUGUUGAAGACAAAUUAUCCAGUGAGUUUGUGUUCAAUAACCCAAACAUCAAAGGAACAUGUGGCUGUGGAGAAAGCUUUAAUAUUUGACUCCUCAGGACUGCUCAGGCUGUAGGCCCCAGGAGAGCUGUGGAAGCUCUAUGGCUUAUUGCAGAAGUCAUAGGACUGUCGCAUGCUUAAGGUUUGUAACAUAUGGCUGCCUUACAAGGAAAAUAAAGUGAUGCAUUUGAAAAUGAAGCCAGUGUGUUAGAUUCCAGAAGAAUUGAUACUUGUGUCCUUUAUAGGGGACAGAAAAUGAGAAUCUGUUGCUCUCUUUGUGUCGUUUUUCUGAUCUGUAAAGAAAAAAAGUUUUACCCUGCAAUUAAAUUCUCCUUCCUGCAUCCUUUCUGUUAGAGCUAGUUUCAUGGAAGUUGCCUUCCUGGGGGGGAUUUCAGAAAACAUAUUCUUAAUAGGUGUAGAUUGGUAGAUCUUUUGAAAGGAUUGAACGUACUUCUCCCAACAAGAUGGAUUUUAAAAUUCAGAGGCAGGAAGUCUUGACUUCUGGUGUGGUGUGGUGGUGCAUUGUUUUUCUACCCAAACUGGGCACAGCGUUUCUACAUUUUUAUCUAAAACUUCAUUGUCUGAUACCUCAUUUGCUUACCCUGCAGCAUCCCCAGCCAUUAAAGUAUUGGACAGAGAUUUCCUUAACUGUAGUGCAGAAUAGUUCUGAGUGAUGGGAUCAAAAGGUAAAUACUUCACCCACCUGUUUUUAAGUCCAGUUCUUUUGCCCACCCUAAGCGUCUGCUCGGAUAUGGGAUCUCAAGCGGACUUAGAUCCUUUUAAUCAGAAGUUCUCUUAAAAGCCAUCUAGCCCAUCCCCUCAGUUCUAUACCCUGGGAAGCUGAAGGGCUUUGUCCCCCCUCACACUGCAGGCUGGGUAGGGGCACAGCCGGGACCACCCACAUCUCCCCAUCUUGUAGGUGACACGCCAGCCCUGCGCUCCGAGGCAGUCAGUGAAGGUAAACGGGUGGUCUGGCUUCUUCAUCUGGUGAACAUUUGGAUGAGAUUUCUCUGUAAUUUGGAGAGUAUAUUUAGUUUUAUUUUAUUUGGGGUGAGAAGAAUCUUAUUUUAAAUCCCAUUUAUGUGAAUUACCAUCUUGUUUCACCAGGACUGUGGAACAGUCGUUUAUACUAGCAGGGAAGAAGACAUUGUAGCCACCCAGAACUGUUCUUUUGGAAGGUAGUAGUAAUUUUGAAGCAGAACAUGGGGAUCUUUUCUUAUAAUUCCCAAUACGGUGUGUACACUCUGGGUCCUAAGUCCAAUUGCUAAAAUUUUUAAGCCUAAUAUUUUAACCUGACUUUUUUUUUUUUUUUUUUUUGCGGUACGCGGGCCUCUCAUUACUGUGGCCUCUCCCGUUGCGGAGCACAGGCUCCGGACGUGCAGGCUCAGCGGCCAUGGCUCACGGGCACAGCCGCUCCGCGGCAUGUGGGAUCUUCCCGGACCGGGACACAAACCAGUGUCCCCUGCAUUGGCAGGGGGACUCUCAACCACUGUGCCACCAGGGACGCCCUUUAACCUGACAUUUUAUCACCAACUUUUCUUUAACAGUGUUUCUUUUGUCAUUUAGUUAUUGAUUUUCCUGGGUUUGACGUAUUAAGUGUUCUGUGAGGUGACAUAUUUGCUUUUUUUGAAAGCCAAUUCUUAUGAAUUGCAGUAGCUGAGUUCCUUUAUGUUUGUCAUAUUUACUAAAAUACCAGGCACAAAAUGCACCAAAACCUAGAGCAGUAGCUUUAUGUAAAUGCUCAUGAAUUUGUAUUAAUAUAACUGUCAACCCACUUAUAAUUUGUGCAAUACUGUAUAUAUGUAGAUUGAGUUGCCAAUAAAAAGAAAAUGUAGCCUCUUUGUGAUCAUAAAAUUGCCUUUUCUUUUAAGAGAGCAGGGUUUGUGAAUAGCAGCCAUUGUUGCUACUAAUAAGUAAUGUUCUAUUUUCCUAACCAGUCUCCCUGCUGCCAGGAUUUUCCCCACCUGAUUCUGUUGCAUCCACUCUUUUAGUUGUUGGGGUCCCCUUGCAACCCACUGACAGACCAUUUCAGAUUGCUCUGGGCUCCAGAGUCCUCAUUCCCUUUCUCCUUCUGUAUCGCCUUUCUCCCUUUUUCACUAUAAGGGUCAUUCACCUCAUCCAAGCUGCUUCUACAGCGUCCCACGCAAAUUUCAUCCUUACUUUCUCACAUGUUGUUAUUCACGGUAGGGAAUGCUUUUUCCAACUCUGUUGUCUGAGCUUUAUGUUCAUCUCCCUGCGGUAGUUACCUUCAGGCAUAUUUGUGAGCACCUGCUCUCCACCAUCCCUUAGGCUUCACAGAUAACCAGAGACCGUCUCUGAAAGAUCUUAGCGUUGACAAAUGAGACAGACACCAAUGAAAAGAAUAGGGUAAGUGUUGCUAAUAGCAUUUAUUCCAUACUUGCUACAUGCCAGGAACUGUUCUAAUAGUCUUCACUACAACCCAGUGAAGUAGGUCUGAUGACUGUCGUUUUCGUAGAUGAGAAACUGAAAUAUGGCAUGGACAAAAUAGUUGACCUAAGGCAAAGUGAUAAGUGGCCAAGUCAGGAUGACACCCCACACCAUCUGGCUCCAGCCCUGUGCCCCUCGCAGUUAGGCUGCACUGCACGUCACGAUAAGAGCCGAGAUUGCAGGUGCCCUUCUAAAAAGGUAUCUAAGAGGGCUUCGCUGGUGGCGCAGUGGUUGAGAGUCCGCCUGCCGAUGCAGGGAACACGGGUUCGUGCCCCGGUCCGGAAAGAUCCCACAUGCCGCGGAGCGGCUGGGCCCGUGAGCCAUGGCCGCUGAGCCUGCGCGUCCGGAGCCUGUGCUCCGCAACGGGAGAGGCCACAACAGUGAGAGGUCCGCGUACCGCAAAAAAACAAAAAAAAACAGCGUGCUUGAUUUUGGCAUACAUCCAGUCAAUCCUUAUUAUUUGAAGAUUCCCUACUUGUGAGUCUGCCUGCUUGUUAAAAUUGAUUUGUAACUUCUAAAUUAUGUGUUGAUCCGUUGGUGAAAAU